UUUUAUUUAUUUUAAAUAAAAAAUGUCCACUGAAUGUGGGGCUUUCUUUCCCCAGUCGUGUUCGGAGGAAGCAGACUCCCUUACGAGGGCCUCCUCUGUCAAGUCGGAACGCGGCUACCACUGCCAGAUCUGUGGCUACGAGACGCUGGGCCUGUCCCGCUUCAGCGAGCACCUGCACAAGGCGCACCCUGUCUUCAUCAUGGAAAGACUCCCUCUUUCUGCCAGCGGGACCCCCGUCUCGGAGCCGCGCAACGGAGAAAUCUUUCCCCCCGGGCCCGGGACGGAAACGGAGGGGGGCGCCAAAGACUGCGACGCAGGGAAACGGAAGCGAGGGCCACUGACUCCCCAGGAGGUCUGUCGGGGACAAGCUACGAGUUCGCAGCAGGGCCACAGGAACCCAUCGUCUUCGGUCAACUUCAGCCCCAACAGAAACUCGGUUGUCUGCCUGCCCCUGGUCUCGGAGGGGCUGAAGCUGGUGUGGACCCAGUCUGACCAGACCAGCGAGCUGGAUUCGGACGAAAGGCUGGUCGAGGCGUUCAGCCGCUUCCCUUACCCGUCGGCCGCAGAGAUCAAGCAGCUGUGCAGGGCCUCGGGGCUGCCCCUGGACAAGGUGAAGGUCUGGCUGAUGGUUCAGAGGAUCAGGUAUGGAAUCAGCUGGUCUUCUGAAGAGAUUGAGGAGACGAGGCUGAAGCUGGGGCAGGGGAGGGGCAGGGAGGUGGAGGAGGAGGAGGAGGAGGAGGAGGGGGGAGGUGUCGACUUAGAGGAGGUAGAGAGAAACGACCGCGGGACAAACUGCUCGAAUCUCGACCCUCGCGCCGGCUGCGCGAACGGAGUGGCGGAUUCCUCUGCCUCCUCCUCCGCUACCCCGGGCAGCUACAAGAAGCCCGAAACCCAUCUGGUGAACAACAACUCCCGGGCAUCUGGAGGGAACCCCAGUCUCAGCACCCCAGAUCCCAGCCGCCCCUCCUUCGAGCCUGUCCUGAACCGCAGCCUCGAGGCGGUGGCGCACGGAUUCAAGAAUUCCGGGAAAGCGGAAGACCGCACGGAGGACGGGGGAGUAGGCGCAAGAGAGAGACUUCUUGCCGAAGGGAACCCGGACGGCGGGACGACUCUACGGACCCCGCCUCACCACCGCAAUGGCGGGUCCCAGGCUAACCCCAAGAAGAGCAAGCCCGCCCCCUUCUCCUCUGGCCCCUCCCCCCUGGGCCCCUCCCUUCUGACGCCCAACGGUCGCCUGCGAAAGACCAAAGAGCAGCUGUCCAUUCUCAAGGCCUUUUUCCUGCGCUGCCAGUGGCCCCAGAACUCUGACUACGCCCGCCUGACGGAGGAGAGCGGGCUGCCGCGGUCGGACAUUAUCCAGUGGUUCGGAGACACUCGCUACGCGGUCAAAAACGGGCACCUGAGGUGGGUGAGGGGGUCGGGGCUCGGCUCGGACAUCGCUUCUGAUCUCCUGCAGAAGCAACAAACCUCUCCCCUCUUCCCAGCUUCCCCCAGCAACAGCAGGGCGAAGAGGAAGAGGGAGCGAGAGCGAGAGCCGGGAGCCUGGCACGGAGCCAGGGACGAGGGGUCGGUCCCGGGUUCGAACGUCGACAUGCGCCCCCUGGAAAGGUAUUUCGGCAGCACAGGGUUCCUGCAGGAGAAGGAUUUGGGCGCGUUGUGUAUGGAGUCGAGGAUGAACUGCCAGCAAGUGAGGGAGUGGUUUGUGUGCCGGCAGGAGGGCAUGGCGGAGGUGGAAGUGGAUAUUAGCGAUGGGGAGGGGUGAGGGAGGAGGAGGGAGGGUCAUUUUAUACAUUUUGGGGUUAGUUGGGAGAAUUCAGAAAUAAUGAUCAUAAAUGAUUUAUUAUAUAACGCUCAAAUGGGGGGGGAUACAUCUUUUUAAACCUCUUCAAAUCUGCACAAGCAA